AUGACAGACAAGAUUCGUUACGAUGGACAAGUCGUUGUCAUAACUGGAGCAGGAGCUGGUCUUGGAAGAGCCUAUGCCCGCUUUUUUGCAGCCAGAGGUGCCAAGGUUGUAGUCAAUGAUCUUGGGGGUACUUUUAAUGGUGCAGGAAAUUCUCGAAGUGGUGCUGUGGCCGAUCAAGUUGUUGAAGAGAUUACCAAGAAUGGAGGUGUUGCUGUUGCGAAUUAUGACCCUGUUCAACAAGGCGAUAAGAUCAUUGAGACGGCCAUUAAGCACUUUGAUCGGGUUGAUGUGCUGAUCAAUAACGCUGGGAUCCUGCGAGACAUCACGAUUCGGAAGAUGAAAGAUGAGGACUGGUAA